UUUGGUGGCUUCAUCGCCUGAGAGGGGUGGCAAUGCCCCUUGAGACAGUGGGUCCCUGGAGCAACUUCUUGCUGUUAUGAGAGGGAAUGUAGAAGCUGGCCAGCCGGGUAACCGGAGCAGCACCUGGAUCUCGGCGGGGUUGGGACGGGAUUCGACACACACCCCAGUACGUGUGGCGUUAGCACGGGCAUUCCACCGUCUUCUGAAGCUCGACCAUUGCCAGGGACAGGAUGCUGGGCCUGUUGAUCCGAUUUCCAGAUAGUCGAGUGGUCAGGGCCGGCAGGGCCAGAGAUAGGUGGCCGGAAUGGCUGGAUCAGUGAUUAUGACACGGUGAGGCUGGAGAUGCAAUGCUCCAUGAGCGUCGGUGAAUCAGCGCUCUGAUCUGGUGUGGCAAAUCCGGUGUCCUGUGAAGGAAACGGAUGUGUGUGUUCACGCAGGGGUUGUUAAUUAGAGUCGGUCAAUACAUGGAAUUUGCAUCCCACGGGAAAUGCCAAGACUUCAUUUUUACCCCAAAUAGAAAUGUUGGCCUUUUUUUGCAAAAUGAAAUAUUCUGAACUAUUUCCUGUGGCCCUCCUUGGAACAUUUUGUGUUCCCACAAACAUUUGAUUCAAUUUGUACGUUUUCAUAUAAAAGUGGAAAGGGUAAAGUUAAAAGGAAAUGCUUUGAUCACUUCCCAGCCAAAAUAUCAGCGUUGUUACGUUCCCACAGAAUGCUCCGGUGUCUCCGAAUCAGCAUUUUUCCCAACAGAAAAAUGUUCUGUUGGAAAAUUUCCAACCAGCUCUGUUAUUCCUGCGGGCCUCCAACCUCAGCAAGAGCCAGUCAGGAAACCCUAGGCACACCCCAGCACUGUCAAGACGUUUGAUGGAGGAGCUCUCGAUGAAGAUAGGCAUGAUGUUAAACAGGAGAGAUUGCGACCAGGAGGAAGCCCAAGCCAUCGAUCAAGAGCUCUUCACGGAGUACAAGUUCAGCGUCGACCAACUCAUGGAGCUGGCGGGGCUGAGCUGUGCAACGGCCAUUGCCAAGGCCUACCCGCCCAGCUCCUUCACCCAAAGCCCGCCCACGGUGCUGAUCGUCUGUGGCCCGGGGAAUAACGGAGGGGACGGCUUGGUCUGUGCCAGGCACCUGAAAAUGUUUGGCUACGAGCCGACUGUGUAUUACCCCAAGCGGCCUGGCAAAGCUCUGUUUGAAGGGUUGACGACUCAGUGCCAGAAGAUGGACAUUCCCUUACUCCCGGAGUUCCCAUCGGAGGCCAUGCUGAUUGAUGAGCUGUAUGGCUUGGUGGUGGAUGCUAUUUUCGGGUUCAGUUUCAAGGGAGCUGUGCGGGAACCUUUCGGCAGCAUCCUCAGGACCUUGGAGCAAGUCACCGUACCCAUCGCCAGCAUCGACAUCCCCUCCGGCUGGGACGUGGAGAAAGGCAACCCCGACAGCAUCCAGCCCGACAUGCUCAUUUCUCUCACCGCCCCCAAGAAGGCUGCGCAGCAUUUUGCUGGCCGCUACCACUUCCUGGGGGGCAGGUUUGUGCCAAUGGCCCUGCAGCAAAAAUACUCGCUUAAUCUGCCGCCGUACCCCGAGACUGACUGCGUCCUGCAGUUACCCUAGCAGGGGCCAGGCAGGAUUGGCGUUAUCCAAAAUCUGAAUGAGAGGCAGGGAUUUGAUUGUGAAGCAGAGACGAGUCCUGCCCAGUGUUUGACUGAAUCAAGCAGGUGUUGGGGGGGGUGGGGGGGCAUUGCUGGUUAGUAGGGGAGGGGCCUAGCUGUGCGAUACAAGCAGGGCCUGGUUCUGCAAAGUGCCUUUGACGUGCGCUGAUCUCACAGGUUGGGGGCGCUCAGCACCUUGUUUGGUGCUAGGAAGUCCCUGGCAUAGCUCUGCCUGGCGCAUGCGAAGUCAGCUGUGGUCGGCCCAUGGGCGCUGGGGAUUGUGCGUGGUCUGACCCAGUGCCCUUUGCAGUCAGUGGGAGGCUUUCCACGGGCUUCGGAUCAGAACCAAAGGGUUAAAGUUCAUUAAAGGGGGGGUUGUAUUUGUUGGGAGUUACACAUGGGUCUAGAAGCGGAGCUCUGAUGCCAACUCCGUUUCAUAUACUACACACGGAAGGGCCUGCGGUCCACGGGCUUUACAGCUGUAGCCACCUCUGAUGCGUGUAUAAAAUCCACCUUGUUUUUUCUCUGCAAUAAAAAUUUAUUGACACUAAAAA